AUGGCUUCCGUCGACGACAAAUGCCCCGUCGACCCUCAAACCCGCCAGAAAUGGCUGGACGCAGCCAAAGCCAACGGCCAGCAAGCACCGCACCCACCUAAGCAGCCUGCGCCAGCAUCACUACCGCCACAAGCACCCACCGCGCAACAAUUACGAAGAGCAGAGAACAACCCCAAGAUGCUAGAGCAACUCACGCCCCAAAUGCUCCGCAUGCCGCAAGAACAGCGCAACAUUCUCCUCCAACAAUGGCAAGACCUCCGCGCCAUGUCCGAACUACACGCUCUCGGUCGAACACGCUUCUCGCUGGACAGCGGGAGCUGGACUCUACCACCUACAACCCAGUCAGAAGCCUCCACAAAACCCCGAACACCCACCUCCACCCUCCCAACCGACCGCGAGAUCUCCUCCAUCCCCCGCGCCCUCUCCACCACCCGCUCGCCAGCCUCCCUCAACAGCGCCGAACGCGCCGCCCUCCCCGCCAACAGCGAAUCCGACACCGGCCACGACAGCGCCAGCGGAAACUGGAUCUACCCCUCGCAAUCCCAGUUCUUCUCCGCCAUGCAGCGGAAAGGGCACACGCCGACGGCGGCGGACAUGCAGACGAUUGUGCCGAUCCAUAAUGCGGUUAAUGAGAGGACGUGGCGGGAGAUACUGAGGUGGGAGGAGCCGUACCACCCACACCUGAGCCCUGGCAAUGGGGAGGAAGAGGCGGAUGGGCCGAGGCUGGUGGAGUACGUGAUUGAUUUCUACGAGGGCAGGGGGGAGGAUGGGAAGGGCGGUGGUGGGGCAGGACCUUUGAGCUUUUAUUUGGAUGUGCGGCCGAAGUUGAAUAGUUGGGAGGGGGUGCGGACGAGGGUGGGGAGGGCGGUGGGGGUGUGA